CGAUAUGAAAUUAUUUGAUCUCGUUUGAUCCGGACCAGACCUCACCGCACUACUUCCCCGCCCUACUCCCAUCAUGAGUUUCAAGUUUCAACUAUUUAAAUAGUGGAUACGGAAAGGUGUUUCCAUCAUUCUAAGAACAGACCAAUCUGAUUCAAGCUCAAGUAUUGGGUCCCGAAGACGGUGGUGGAACCAACCAAAUAUUAAAAUGGAGUUUGAGUCUGGGUUUCACUGUCACCAAGCAAACGGCACAGAGUGGGUUCGGUGACGUGUUAUCAGGUUGGGGGGCCGGGGAUCGGGAGUGGACUUACUUGUCGAUUAUCAAUCACCUCCAUUCCUGUUUACUUUUUCAUUAUAGUUAAGAGAGGGUGAACAGCCGGCCAGCCAACCAUUGGCUUGGAGCAAAGGCGCAAGGCAAAAGGGAACCCAACAACAAAAAAGUCUGUGGGGGAAUGCACUGAUAAACAAUGGAGUUUGUCGGAUAGGUAAAGCACGGCGAGGGGUAUCACCCCCCAGCUUGAUUCCGUAGAUGAGCCGAAGCUUUUAAGGAAGUGGAGCGGUGGGAGAGAAACGGACGAAAGUAAAGGCAGUUGUUGCGCCAACACUCCCUCUCCCACCAAACAAAAUCUCUGUUUCUCUCCCUCUCUCUGUGUCUUGAUCAUCUUCCGCAAUUCAGCAGCAGUAGCGAGGAAUUUUGCUUGAUUACAGUAAAAGGGUGCGUGACCAUUUCUCUCUGUUGUUCUUGUAUCACCAUGAUUUUACAGAGAAUUCUGUUUGGAGGCCCCCCCAAGUUCCCAGCUUUGAACGUAAUCUGUGAUAGUGUAGUGUUUCUUGGGAGAACCCACAUCAGAAAUGGUUGUUUCUGCAGGUUCCCUUCAUUGUGGAAUUUGAUCGAACGGUUGGUGUGAUUGAAAGAGGUUCUUUCCAAGGCAAGUCUUAUGAGUCUGAUUCUCCCACUGCUGCUAAUCUCCCUCUGAAAAUUUCAUCAAUACUUCAGUUUUUGUUAUUGAAUAUAUCCCUUAAUAAUGCCAAGUUAGUGGUGCCUACAAUUCUGCAGGGAGCAUGGUGCAUACAUGCGAACUGAAGCAACAAUAAAGAACCACCCUGCUUCACUGUAAAAAAAAAAAAAAAAAAAUGUUUGUUUGCUUUUCAAUGGCAGGGAGUCAACCUCCCAUGUCUUCAAACUCUGCGUUUCCUCUUGUUCCUGCUGCUAUUCCAGCAACAUGUAGAGAACCUGGAUCACUGCUCACCACAGAGUUCAGCAACACCAACUUGUUCGCGAGCUACGAUGACUCGAGAAGAAUACAGCGGAUAAAGAAGAUGUUUGAUGAGGCUCAACUUUCAGUGUCUGCAUACGACACCGCCUGGAUGGCAAUGGUCCCAACUCCUACUUCAUCCAUGGAAGACUCUCCUUUCUUCCCUCAGUGCGCUAGAUGGAUACUGGACAACCAGCUCAGUGAUGGCUCUUGGGGUCUCCCACUCCCUUGCCGUGGUCCAUCCUUAAUCAAGGAUGCUCUCUCCUCUACCUUGGCUUGCAUUCUCGCUCUCCAACGUUGGGGCCUUGGUGAACAACAAGUCACUAAAGGCCUCCGGUUUCUUGACUUCAAUUCUGCUUCUCUAAAGGAUCAGAAGCAGCAUGUACCUGUUGGGUUUGACAUAAUAUUCCCUGGCAUGAUUGACUACGCAAGAGAUUUGGGAUUGAACCUUCCUUUCAAGUCAACUGAUAUAGAAGCUAUGCUAGAUAAGAGAAAUGUGGAGCUUACAAGUGGGUUCGGUAGAAAUGCAGAGGGAAGGAGAGCCUACUUGGCCUAUGUUUCAGAAGGUAUCCAACACUCACAAGACUGGGACAUGGUGAUGAAGUAUCAGAGGCAGAAUGGAUCCCUGUUCAAUUCACCUUCGACUACUGCAGUUGCUUUUUCUCAUCUUCAAGAUCCUGAUUGCCUUCGCUAUCUGUAUGCCGUCUUAGACAAAUUCGAGAAUUCAGCUCCAGCAAUAUAUCCAUUGGACAUACGCAGCCGCCUUUCAGUCAUCGACACUCUUGAUAGUCUAGGAGUUGCUCGCCACUUCACCAAUGAAAUAAAGAUGUUGCUGGACAAGACAUACCAAUGCUGGUUGCAGGGGGAUGAAGAUAUAUUUCUUGAUACAACCACAUGUGCUAUGGCUUUUAGAUUGUUGCGUGUCUAUGGAUAUGAUGUCUCUUCAGAUCGGCUAUCUCCAUUCUCAGAAGACUGUUUCUUCAAUUCAUUAGAAGGAUACUUGAAGGACAAGACAGCCGUACUGGAGUUACACAAAGCUUCUCAAAUAAUUUAUCGGAAAGAACCUAUCCUGGAAGAAAUAAGUUCUUGGACCAUGAAUUUCCUGAAACAGGAAUUCUGCAAUGGCUCAAUUUAUGUGGACCAACCUGGUGACAGUAUCAGCACAAAGGUGCAUGAUGCGCUCUCAUAUCCCUAUCAUGUUGAUUUGGAUCGCUUAGGCCAUAGGAGAAGUAUUCACCAUUAUAGUGAUAUAGAUAGCACUUGGACCUUGAAGACCUAUUGUUGUCCAAACAUUGGGAACAAGGAUGUCCUUAAACUGGCAGCCGAUGACUUCAACCUCUGCCAGUCGAUACAGAAGAAAGAACUUAAGCAGCUAGGAAGGUGGAUUAUUGAGAAUAAGUUGGACAAGCUAUCAUUUGCGAGGCAGAAGCUGGGCUAUUGCUACUUCUCGGCUGCUGCAACUCUCUAUGCACCUGAAUUAUCUGAUGCUCGCAUCUCGUGGGCCAAAAAUGGCGUGCUUACAACAGUUGUGGAUGACUUUUUUGAUGUUGGAGGUUCCAUGGAAGAAUUAGUAAACCUUGUUCAGUUGCUUGAAAACUGGGAAGUGGAUGGAAGCACUGAUUUCUGUUCUGAGCAAGUUGAGGUCCUUUUCACAGCGAUUCGUGGCACCAUUCGUGAGAUCGGAGACAUGGCAUUGGCGCGGCAAGGACGUGAUGUCACCCGUCAUAUAAACGACAUUUGGGUAGAAUUGGUGAAGUCAAUGUUGAAAGAAGCGGAGUGGUCAAAGAACAAAUGUGUGCCAACAAUGGAGGAAUACAUGAAGAACGCACAUGUAUCAUUCGCAUUAGGCCCGAUUGUUCUUCCAGCUCUUUACUUAGUAGGGCCAAAACUCUCGGAGGAGAUGGUGAGUGGUGCAGAGUAUAAGAAUCUGUAUGAAGGGAUGAGCACUUGUGGUCGCUUGCUCAAUGACUGGAGAGGAUGCCCGAGGGAUUCGGAGCAAGGGACGGUGAAUGCAGUGUCAUUGUUGCUGCUUGAAGGCGACCGGACCUUGGAUGACGCCGUGGAAGAGGUGAGGGAAGCAAUCGAGAAGGAGAGGAAGCAAUUGUUGAGGUUGGUGUUGUUGGAGGAGGGGGAGAAGGGAAUGCCAAAAUGCUGCAAGCAAUUGUUUUGGAACAUGACAAAGGUGCUUCACCUUUUCUACAUGAAGGAUGAUGGAUUCACUAAUGAGGAUAUCGUCAAUGUAGCCAAAUCUAUCGUUAAUGAACCCAUCCACCUUGCUCCUUAAUGAUAUGCAAUUCGCCCGCGUCCACAAUGGUGAAGUUUUAAAAGAAAGAAGCUUUACUCUAAUGGAGUGGAAUCGGGGCGCCAAGCAAUUUUGCUUUGUGACACAAUUGAUCCACUUAUUAUUAUAUAAAACAUGAAAGCUGGGUACGCUUUUUCGCCCAAAGUUUUUGAACACAGUUUCAAUUCUUAACGUUUAGUGGGCGACGGGAAGAAGAGCCUCUUAUCGAGAGCUUCCCAUGGACUUCCUUCCCGAGCUCUACGUACCUUCUGCUCCACGGCGACCUUACCCUGAAAUCAGCAAUCACGAGCCACUGACCAUGCCUUUGCUUCGCUACCUUUUCCCCAAAUCAACAAUCGCAAGAACUGUCCAUACUUUCUGUACCCUCCAUCCCUUCAAGACCUCACCCCAAAAUCCACAAUCACAUCCACCGCUUUAGUCUUUUCCGUCCCCUCACAGCUGUUCCUCCACGCCAUCGGGCGUGCUUUCUACAGUACUAACCUUAUUUCCCUGGUUUAAGAAAAGACUUAAUACUGCUUUCCGCUGCUUUCCCGUUCCAUGCUCUCCGCCUCAACUGGAGUGGCCGGCGAGGUGGGAGGAAAGACGAGGUCUGAUACGUCUGUCGAAGCAGCUACAAUCAACCUUCAACAGAGAUGACGAUGACGACGAGAAAACGACGGCGACAAUGAUUUGGAAGAGUAUGCCGAAGACGACGCCAUUCGUUUCUCCGGCAGCCUUCACUCACCCUCCUCGAGCUCCACCAGCAGGAGCUCUGACACGGAAGGUCACGACGAGGAGAAGAAUGCCGACGCCGACGAAGGUGUCAGAACUUUCAACCCUUGGCAAAGUGCACAAAAAAAUCCUUUUGAUGGCAUCAUCAGCCUGAGUUCUACGACCCAACAUCAACUCUCAGGCCUCAUUCGGUAAGUGAAAACCCCAUCCUUUCUUCCCCUCUACCCUUUCUAGUAUCGAUUUGGGUCUUUUGCUGAAUUUAGUGCAACAAAACAGGGGGCAGAAGAUGUUGCCUUGAACAACUGGCCUGCACUAUCAAGACCAUAAACUGACUUACAAAGACAAAGAAAGGGAUUACAACGCGUUCAUGGAUAUAACAGGGGUGAAGACUGGUCCAAACUGGUUCUACUUCAAGCCCCAAUUAGCCGGGAGAAGCGUUGCCUUGAGAUGAGAAAGAACGGUAAGAUGGAGAAAGCUUUCAGCCCAUUUUCGAGAUCGAACUGCCUCGCCAUCAGGUAUGUAUUUGUUUCCUCUUUGAUCCUCUUCCACGGGUUGUAGGUAUUUCGCUAAUACUAAUCAAAGUGUCAAACUUGGUUGCUUUCUUACAGAUUUUGACUCUUGAAUCAGUGAUUAGUAUUGGUGGGGAGAUAAGGAAGUUUUGGAUGGGAUUAUUUGUGAUGGAGAUAUCAAAUUACAGAGGAAAUCGCAGUCGAAAAGUGUUCAAAUUAGUUCCAUGAGACUGGGAACAACAAUAGCUUGAAAGGUGUCAAUUUUCUUUUCUUGGCAGAUGGGUUGUAAGUGCUUUCUUCUCUAUAAAUUUUCUCUAUCUGUGCAUUGAUUCAUUUACCAUUCACAUUCUAUGAGACUUUGAGUGUUUGCCUUACUCUAUUGUUUGUUUCAGUUAAACAAAAUCACCAUCAUUGUCGCUCGGUAUGGGGUCCGAGAGGAGUUGCCGGAGCUCUCUGUAGUUUAGAGUUUCAGAUUGUUUUCCAAAUUGAUUGGAUUGCUCCCAUCUCUAGAUAUUUUCGCUUACACAUAAACUAAUUAUAUUUCCCAUUGUUUGCUUUUUUUAGAGGUCGGGACCUGUAGUGCUUUUGGGUUUUAUUGUUCCAAGCUCACCCUGAAGAUGUUGAAAUUAAUGAUGGUAUGUCUUGAAUCAUUUUAUAUUUGAAAGAAUGGGCUUAAGCUGAUAGGAUAGCUUUAUCUUGUUGUUCUUCAGUUUCUACAUGCCACUGAAGACGUGAAAGAACUGGAAUCUAGAAUUGAAGAACAGUAACCUUUACAAGGUGCAAACUCCACUCACUGAAUGUAAGUUUCUGAACCUUUUUCGUGAAUUUAUUGCUCAAAUUGUAUGUCUGCGAAUCCAUGCUUGAAUGCUCAAUUAAAUGGAUUCAUGUUUGAAUGUCAACCCUUUUCGUGAAUAUAUGGUGUUCAUUUCCCUGUUGUCUACUCUAGAUCAGUUUGUUAUUGUUUCUUAGUCACCUUUUCCAUAUUUUUGCAUACGCUCUACUAAUUGCAACUUCUCUUAGUUCCCACAGCUGGCAAGAAAUACACCACCACCAAUCAUGCUUUGAAUGAAUCUUGCCAGAAGAGUAAGGUAUAAGAUUCUUCACUUUAAGAACCCAUGUUAAGUUUCCUUUAUAUGAUUUUGCUGUGGAAAGUCAUGAUCUGAUAGGUACUCAUUUUCUAUUCUUCUUCGGCUUGCUGAUUAUGUAUAAAUAAUUCCAGGAUCAUGCCCAUGGAAAACUCUUCUGAUAGAAUGACAGAUUAGUUCAUGACUACGAAUCAAGAGCUUCCACCAGUAAGGGACAUUGAGGGCCUGCUAUGGUUUUUUUUAAUGAAGGUGAAAUUUCAUUAAAAAAGAAUACACCAGAGGUGUAUGAAAGUGUUUUCCGGCGAGGAAAAACUGGUGUUUGAACACAAUGAAUGCACCUUGACUUCUCGAACAACGAUUAAUAACACGGUUCACUCCUCUCCGAACAAUGUUCGAACGAGGGUGUUUCAUGUUUUUGAUGGUUUUUGUGAACAAUCUAAGUUACUCUACUCCUAUGGAGGUUCAGUGAGAGCUCCGAAAGACUAAAAGCUGAUUUGCAGAGAAAAGAUAAAUUUUGACAUUGUGC